CGGAAGUGGCAUGUAGUUGGGUUUUCCUCUGUAUGAUAUUUCUCCUGCAGUGUUUGGCUUUCCAUAAAUCAGAACAAUACGUUCGUCGAUUUUUUCCCCCAGGAGGCUAACUGACGUUAGGUAGGUGGCGGUGAAAACUGUGAUAGCUGACGUUAGCAUAACAUUAUAUAUGAAAGCACUCGGACUUUGUAACGUUACACGCUGGCGCUAUAGAGUUACAGAACAUUUCAAGCUAACGAACAUUAGCUGGCUCCUAACGUUAACUAGAGAUAACAUUAAUGUUAGCUGUUUUUAUUAACCUACACAGUUUGCACGUAGCUAACACAUACCGUUUUUCACAAGUGGUCUAUUAGCAUUAGCUAGCUAACGUUGGUCAUUUGUUUCAUUAAACAGCAUUCGAGUUUGUCUCUCUUCGGGGUCUCAGUUAGCUACAAUCAGCUAACAGCUUUACACAUUAAAAUGUGGCUGACAUUUGGUUGCGUGUAGUAACAGUGGGUUAACAUCAACAAUCAGCAAAAAGAUUUCGUUAGCUUGUAACGAGCUAACAUUCAACGAUAGUGUUGCGAAUAAUUAGCUAACUUUACCUAACUCAACAUAGCAACGCUAAGCUAACGUUUGUUUUGUUUAGCGAGCCGGUUGUUUGGGGCUUUUUGUUUGGUGAGACAAGCACUGAAGUGCCAUAAACAAAUCCUGUGUGAUGUCCAUGUGAAGACAAAUAAUAAGUGAACCAAACGCUUAGGGGACAGAUAGUAAAACAACUACAGUAAUUCGCUAAUUCAGGGUUAUUUCAAGAAUAGUUAGCAUGUGCUAACAGUCUUCACUGUCUCCUCAACCUCGCUGCAGCUUCCCCAUGUCUGCCACAAUGACCACCAUUGUCCAUGACACUACAGAAGCAGUGUGUCUCUCUGCUGAGUACAACCUGUACCUCAAACCCAUUGCCAAAAUGACCAUCAGUGUGGCUCUGCCCCAGCUCAAGCUGCCAGGCAAGAGCAUCUCCAACUGGGAGGUAAUGGAGAGGGUGAAGGCCAUGGUAGCUCCAGAGCAGUUUUCAGCUCUGCGAAUCUCCAAGAGCACUAUGGACUUCAUCCGCUUUGAAGGCGAGGUGGAAAACAAGACAGUGGUUAAGAGCCUGCUGGGCCGUCUGGAUGGGAAGAGCAUCAAUCUUAGUGGAUUUACUGAUGUACUGAAGGUACGUGCGGUAGAGAACAAAGUGGACUUCCCCACACGCCACGACUGGGACUCCUUCUUCCGCGACGCAAAGGAUAUGAAUGAGACUCUACCGGGAGAGAGGCCUGACACCAUCCACCUGGAGGGACUCCCUUGCCGCUGGUUCAGCCAGAAGGACAGCCCGUACCCAGACCGACCCUCUGAAGAGGUCCUCAUUGCGGUCUUCCAGACAUUUGGCAAGGUACGAAAUGUUGACAUCCCCAUGCUGGACCCUUACAGGGAGGAGAUGCUGGACAAGAACUUCAACACAUUCAGUUUCGGGGGUCAUCUGAACUUUGAGGCUUAUGUCCAGUACCAGGAGUACUGUGGCUUCACCAAGGCAAUGGAUACUCUGCGCAGCAUGAAGCUUAUGCUGAAAGGAGAAGAUGGAAAGGCAGUGGCCUGCAACAUUAAGGUGGCCUUCGACACCAGCAAGCACCUGAGUGAGUUUGCUCUGAAGAGGAGGAGCAUGGAGAGGCUGAAGUUACAAGAGCUGGAGAGGCAGCGAGAGGAGCAGAAACGACGGGAGAAGGAAGAGGAGGAGCGGCGUAAGGAGGAGGAGAGGAAACAGAAGGAGCAAGAAGAGGAGGAGAAGGAGAGGCGGAAGGAGGAGAGGUUACGAAAGCGAGAGCAGAAACUGCGGGAGCGGGAGGAGAGGAGGAACCUGAAGAGGGUGAGGCGACAGCAGGAGGAGGAGCAGAAGAAGCUGCAGAUGAAGAUCGCCAUGGAGGAGAGGAGGCUGCUGCUGGCUCAGCGCAACCUGGAGUCGAUACGGCUCAUUGCUGAGCUGCUGGCCAGGGCCAAGGCCCUGAAGCAACAGCAGCAGGAGAAAGAAAGGGCCGAACGGGAGGAACGGGAACGGCAGGAGCAGGCCCGACAGAAGGAGGAACUUGCUCGUCUUCAGCAGCUGGAGGCCUGCCGACGCAAGCAGGAGGAGGAGCUCCGGAGGGUGGAGGUGGAGAAGGAGCGAGCAUUGGAGCUCCAGCGCCGUGAGAAGGAGCUAAGGGAGAGACUGCUUUGCAAUCUGUUGAAGAAGACCAGUGGGAAAACCACGAGACCUCCAGGCACGCCGGACCAGGCUGGCCCUGAAACGAGUGAUGAGGCCUCUGAUCCUGGUGGUGUCAUGCUGGGCGUCCUGGGCCGGGUGUAUGGAAUGAAGGCAGCUGAGAGCAAAGAGAAGCAGGUGUCCAAAUCCAGCAUGCACUCCCAAGUUUUGGGCAAAAACAGAGCAACAGAGGAGAGAAGGGGAGGAGAGGACAGGAAGAAAGACCGAGAGGGAAGGAGGGAAGAGGUGGUGAGGAGCGGGCACAGCAGGGAGCAAGCUGGGGGCCGCUCCCAUAGAGAGAGGAGCUCCCACAGCCGGGGCAGGAGGAGGCGCUCCCACAGCUACAGCAGGAGGAGAAGGAGCUCCAGCCACCGCAGGAGGAGCUCCAGUCGUCACAGGAGGAGCCUCAGCCGCCGGGGCAGCAGGAGGCGCAGCCACAGCCAUUGCAGCAGGAGCACGAGCUCCAGCCAGGACAGGAGUCGGAGCAGCAGCGGAAGGAGUUACAGCAGAGGGAGGAGCCGCAGGCACAGUCACCAUAGAUACAGCAGGGGCAGCUCUAGGACCAGCAAUAAGAGUAGAGACAGGAGGAGUCACAGCCAUUAUAGUCGAAGAUACAGGAGGCACAGCUACAGUAGAGACAGGAGCCACUCCAGACGACGGUAAUCUCAUCGAUCACUUUAUUAAUAAAUAUAUUCCCCAAUCUAGGCUUACUCCUGAAGUUCAGUGAGGUUCAGAAGAAGUAUAGAUAUAUUUGCCCCCCUCAUGAAGUGAUGUAACAAUGCAUCAAACGGUUUUCUCCAGGAUAGGGGAGCUUGACAAAAAAUAAACAUCUUAGCUAUAGGUAAAAAAAUCCCCUAUGAGAUUAAAAUAAACUCCUUUUUUUCUCCUUCUUACAUUUCAUGCUGUCACAUUAACGCUGCUGACAACUGUGAAUUUGUCAAAAUGUUUACAUUUAACUGUUUAAUGGCAUAAAGCAACACAUUUACGGUUUGAGUUCUUGAAUAUUAUGUUUUUUCCAUGUGUGAAAGGCAUAUCAGCAUCAGUACACUAAAAUUCUGAUGAAGUAUGAACAUAAUAGGGUAUCAAAAUGAGUGAUCCAUUAUGUAAUAAUUGAUGGUCAUUACAUUGGCCUUUGACAAUACUAGCUAACUGAUAAAUAUUUGAAUCAAAGGCUAAUAUCAUAGGCUCACUGUGAACCCAGAAACUUGUUCAUACCUCCAUUUUGUGCAGGAAAGUUGUAUUUGUGCAUGGAUAACAGUGACUUAUGAAAAAUGGCGAGUCCAGAGAACAAAAUGUGUUUGUUGUUUUGAUGUGGCACCAGCCUGUUCACCCAUACUUGUAGCCUGAUUACAGAAAAAAACAGCAUCUUGCACCAACAUGUAAUCAGUUUCAGAAACUUUCAGACCACAUGGCUGCCUGAGUCAUGAAGACUUUUCAGUGGCUGCUGUUCCGUUACAAAUGUGAAACUUCCACAGACUUUAGGAAACAUACCUCUGUGUUUAGGUUGACCUGCAAACUGACUGAUUUCGCAGUACUGUUUCACCUGCCUGAAAUAUUUCUUGGACUUCAGUAUUGGCUGUGUUGCUGAUAAGCAGCUCAGGAAAAAUAACACGACUGAAUUCUGCAAAAGACUUGUCGCCGAGCUCAACCAAGCAGCGCCAGUUUCGGCUGGCAAAGACUGAUUUUAGUUUUAUUUGAAUUUCUUUAUUUUGGAGGAAACUUUGAAAGGGAAACAUGAUUACUUGAAUGAGUUGUGUGACAUAAUGAAACAUAGGACCUGACUCAACAAGCAGUGUACUCCCUCUUUCCUCUGUCAUUCAUGGGUCUUGAAUACAAGUGAUGGCUUUGAGAUCGGUCCAACAGUUUUUCCACAAAGUUUUAUCAUUGUUUUAGGAAAGUAGCUUCUGAGAUUCAAGUCAAACCAGCACAGUACCAAGUAAAAAUGCAACGUUAGGAUGUAACUGCUUUCAUGUUCACUGUGUGAUACCAGAUACAUUUCUUUAGCCUAACUUCUAACUAUACAAAUGGUUCUCUUUGCUUUAUUUCAGCUUCUGAGAGGUCAUUUAAGUCCAAUAUUUUGUUGACACUGCAACAUCAGCAUUGUUACUAGUCAUGGCAAAGCCCAUUUUUUCUGUGUACUGUACGCUCAUGAUCUGCUAGAGCAUGUCUUGCAUACACAUUGUUAAAAUAAAAACAUCAAGCUGAAAACUGUGAUGCUCUCCCACCUUAACUUUUUGCUUUAACACUCGCUCAUGCUCGCUCAUUAAAUUCUGUGUCAGAA